GGCUUCUGCUGCUCAACAUUCAAGUCCUCGUAAUUCUACCAAGAUGACCGCCCUUAGAUUCGUUAAGUCUGUCUGGGAGUCCUUUCGGGCUACCUCGGGUCUAGAGCCUCGCCUGUUGAAUAAUCUGCGUGUCACAGCGGCCAGACCCGGCACCGUCAACUUUGAAUUGGACAUCCAAAAGGAACACACAAACCGCCUCAAUAUCCUUCAUGGCGGUACUAUCGCAAGCAUGGUUGACCUUGGAGGUUCCUUGGCCGUUGCUUCGCGUGGGCUGUUCGCGACCGGUGUGUCCACUGAUCUGAAUGUUACUUAUCUCAACUCUGGCGGCAAGGUCGGUGAUAAGAUCAUGGCGGAGGUAACCUGCGACAAGUUCGGAAAAACCCUCGCUUAUACCAACAUCAAAUUCACAAACGACAAGGGCGAGGUCGUUGCUCGAGGAAGCCACACAAAGUAUGUGAGCUUUGCUUGGAAGGAUCCUCAGAACAUUGUAGAGGAAAUCAACAAGCUCCAGUAAAUAGUAAGUAAGAAGAAAGUUCGCAGAAUAGAGAAUCGAAGGUAUCGAGCGGAUUUGUCUACAACUCGGUUGACACCUUGGAUGUAAUUAUCAAGACCCUGUAGCAAUGGCGCCUUUUCAGUGUCUCUAUAAUGUCCGAAGUCUACAAUGCUCGACAUACUGUGGAAGAAAAUGUUUGAUGUUACUAGAGCUUAAUUUAUCAUCUUUCAACGAGCUCAAAGGGCAAGAGCACAGGCGGACUAAGGCCCG